AUGAGCUCUUUGAAAAAAAAGAAGCAAGAUGUGCUUUGGGAAAAAAAAUGGAGGAAUCUUAUUCAUCAAAAAGCAAUUAAAGAAGAAAUGAAUAAACAGCUCAAAGCAUCUUUAGAAAGACAAAAACAAGAAGAAGAGGAAAAAGAAUGUACUUUUAAGCCACAAACAUUAUGGAAUCAAAGUUUUAAAAAAACUAUUUCUUUUGUAGAUGAAUUUUUUGUUAAAUUAAAACCAUAUAUAGAACAACAACAAAAUUAUUUAAAUCAAUUAAAAGAGCUUGAAUGUGAAGAUAAAAUUUUUUCUCAAAAAGUUAAGGAGGAAUUAAGAAUAAUGUUAUCAAAAGCAGUAGAUAAAGAAAUAAUGGAAACCAUUAUUGAAGGAUAUAAAGGUGUUAGAACAAGAGGAAUGAAUAAAGUGAAAAGAGAAAAACUAGAUAUACUUUCAAAAAUGAUUAAAUUAGAAAGAGAAUAUAACUGCUUUAUGGCAAGAGAAAAUGUAGACAAGAAGGAUUUAGAAGAAUGUGGUUUUGAUUGUGAUUUAGCAGCGAAAUUAAGAAACGACAUAUUGAAGGAAUCUUUAUGCCCCAAUUCUUUAAGGGAUUUUGCAAAAAUAAGACAAGAGAUAAAUCAUGUAUUAGAAGAGGAAUUAAAAAUAAGAGAAAACCAAAAUUUGUUGAACGAAAUAAAUAACGAAUAUCAGUUAAAUAAAGAGAAUGUCUAUGUAACUGGAAGUAACGGAAAUGACUCAAAUAUAAUAUCAGAAAAAAGUGUAGAUAUAAAUAAUAAUAAAAUGUUAAAUAACAAAAACUUAAAGAAUAUUGAGAUAAAUGAAAAAAAUAAAUACAAUUUAAAGAAUUCAAAUAAUAUAGUACAAAUAACGAAUGAGGAUAACAAUAUAAGAAAUACUAGUAAAGUAUAUAUUUUAAGUGAAGCUGAAGGAAAGAAUAAUAUAAAGAAAUCUGUUGAUCAAGUCAUAUGUAAUCAUAAAUGUAACAAUUCAGUAUACAAAGAGGAUCUAACAAAUUUUAAGCAGAAAAUUUAUACGCCUUAUAUAGUAGAAAAAGAUGAAAAUUAUUUAUCUCAUAAUCAAAAUGGUUCAAGAAAAUGGGAAUAUACUAAUCUGUAUAGCAUUAACAAACAAGACCUAGAAAAAAAUACUUGUUUCGAAAAAUCAUAUGGUUAUAAUAAUAAAAAUAUUUAUUUGAAUAGUAACUAUAUGAAAAUAUUAAAAAACGAAGAUGCUAAUAAGUAUAUUACUUCUUUGCAAAAGGAUGCUAAUUCUAUGAAUGUAAUAAUAUUAAAUAACAAUAAUAAUACAAAUGAGAAAUAUAAUAAUUCACCUAUUAAUAAUUCAGAUAGGCGAAAUAUUGUGAAUUGUUUAAAUAAAAAUCCUAAAUAUAUAAAUGAAAACUAUAUCAACGCUGAAAAUUUUAAACAAGGGCAGAAAUCUUAUUUUCUUGAUAAAAAUAAUUAUAAUAUCCCCAAUUGCUUAGAUGCAAAUUUACUAAAUAAAGAGAAACCUAAAGUUAUUGUAGAAUCUAAAAAUAUGUAUUUACCUCAUAAUACCAAAAAAAGCGGAAUAUUUUUAGGUGAUAUAAAGUAUAGCUUUCAAAAUAAUGAUAAAAUAUAUUUGAGAGAAUAUGAAAAUAAAGAUACUAGAUAUAUAGAUAAAAAUUCAUAUAAUAUUAAAAAUAAUAACAAAUUUUAUGAUAUUUAUCCUAAUAAUUAUAAAAAUGAACAAAUUUUUAACAAGAAUAGUUUUUUUACAAGUAAUAUAAAUGAUGAAAAGAAAAAAGUACCAUUAACAAGCAUAGAUAAAGAAAAAUUACCAUAUACUAUUUAUUUUAACAAAGAAGAUUGUGAACAUAAAAAGCUACUUAAGAAUAAACCUAUAAUUAAUAAAAUAAUCGGAAAUUUUCCAAUUUAUUAG